AUGACGAGAGCGGAGCGCGGAAAGGGAGCGGGAGCAGAGAGAGAGAGCGGAGCGGGAGAAAACAAGAAAAAAGAAAAGGAAACAAGAGAAGAGAAAAGGAAUUAUGAGCGGGAGAGCUGGAUAAUUCCAACAGUCUUCACAGGGAUAAUUCAGCAGAGUGGGCUGACUCGUGAGGAGUUCCAUUCCCGCCUCCAGAUCAUCGAGGGGGACCUGGGGUCGUGCAACAUCUUUGACAGCCUAAGGAAGCAGCGAUGCCCAGCCACCGGGGAUCAUAACAGUCUGGAUAAUGUUCUCGCAAUACCUGGAGCGGCCCACACGUUGUGGAACAUCUCGCAAGCAAUAUUUAUCGCCCAUUGGGGUGACGAAAAGCUGGCUCAAGACACAGGGGCCUGGCGAAUGCUCCAUGCACUGGGGAUCCAGACAAACAAGCCGACCACCAAAAAGGAUUUCAACUUGAUGCUCUGCCAUGUCGAGAAGAUCCAUGAGGCGACCCUGCUGUAUUGUGUAUUGUUGGUUGCCAACUGGGCAUCCAAACCUUUGGCAGCGGAACUGCUGGAGUUGACCUCCGAGACCAUUGAUCAUUGGGUUGAGCAGACAUACAAUCGGUUCUGCUCACGGGAUGCAUUGCUUGGCAAUCUGGCCAAAUCCUCAACCACACACUUGAAUCUGCUCUUGAGGAUCCGGGAUUUUGGUACGAUCAUUGAGGCCAACCAAGCAAUGAAAGCCGGUGAUUAUGGACGACUUAUGUACAUGUGGGAUCAAUGGGCCGUCAUGACACAAGGCCUGGGGCAAAUGCCUCAUUAUUCAAAACACCUGCCAAAACUUAUCGUCCAGCUCAAAUAUGUCCUGCCGGACUCGCUGGCCCAGGUGGUUUUGAACACCCUGUUGAUAUCUCCCUCCGGCAUCCCAGGGCAUUUUGUUGCCACCGACCAGUACCUUGAAGUGUUGAAUUACUGGUUAAAGUAUUUCUUCAACAAUUCCGGCAUUGGGACAAACAUAGACCGGCUCAAAGAUGUGUUUUCAAGUUCAAUUGGGAUUCUACGAUAUCUCUUGCGGUUGAUCAAGAUUGAAUCCGGGGCCGAAGUCGUUCAACAAUCUCACAAGAACAACCUGGCUCUUCACUCCCUCAAUAACUUUCGGCGCAUGGCCCAAAGCAUCGGCUUGGGUCAGGCUUCAGCCGAUGAUGGACCAGCCGUCCCAAUUGUUGAUUCUUAUGUUAAGGGGAUGUCCAAGCUUCAGCAUGAAUUCACCAACCGAGGGCUCAAUCGCCUCAGGCCUUACUCCCCGGGAAUACUCAGUAUGAUCGAGGAAGAUGAAUUGCGGGACAGUCAACAGAACUCAGGCCCAUCAGGCGAACUGGAUGCUGAACAUAAUAGCGAUGAUAAUUCUAGCUCAGAGGAUAAUGAGGAUCGUCAAGAGGCCCUUGAAGAUUAA